GUCAGAUUACAUUCUCUCAUUUUUCUGAAAACUUCUGUAAGCAAGUAUAUUAAGCAUAAUAUACUAUGGCGAGGUCUUCCGCAGCUUUAUUCUUCCUGCUAGCCAUUUUGCUCUUCACCUCCCAAGGCGAAGAGAAAAUGGGAGUGGAGGCAGAAGACUGUGAGAAGCAAUGGGACUGUGACCAUGGGCCAAAGCGCUGCAAACAAGACUGCGCGGAUAAGUACCAAGGCAAAGGAGAGUGCGAGCCGGGCUUUAUUCCGUGGUCUCCUUACAAGUGCAAUUGCCAUUACAGUUGCUAGACUCAAAAAUCAAAAUUAAACAAAAAUGAAAAUAAGAGAGAAGAGCCAUGUUAUCAUCAAUAACUGUUAAAAAAAAAAAAUCAAUAAUGCAUGCAAGCUGCAGGUUCUUCUAAAUUGGCGCUCUAAAU